AUGACCAGCAGGUUCUUGGAGGAGCUGAAGUGGGAGGAUGGGCUCUCCAUCCCGGUGGCGAACGAGGAAAACAAGGAACUGGAAGACCAGUUAUCCAAGCUGCAAAAUGAAAAAUCACGCCUUCAACAUCAGUUACAAGACUAUGAAGAUCGAAUUAAUGCAAUGUCUUCUCACUUCAAAAAUGUUAAGCAAGAAUUCAGCUUUACUCAGUGUCUUUGUAAAGCCAGGGAGAAUGAGAUUAAAAGUGAAGAACAUUUUAAGGCCAUUGCUGAGAGAGAACUGGGACGAGUGAAAGAGGAAAUCCAACGCCUGGAAAAUGAGACUGCUUCAGUCAGGGAAAAGAAAAUUGAUAAGGAGAAUGCAAUAUUUAAAGCUACUCAAAAAUUGGAUAACUUGAAGUGUCAAAUGAAUUGGAACCAACAAGCAUUGGAUGCUUGGUUAGAAGAAUCAGCUCAUAAAGAUAGUGAUGCUUUUACUAUUCAGAAGUAUGCUCAACAGGAUGACAACAAAAUUAGGGCGCUGACACUGCAGUUAGAAAGACUGAAUUCAGAAUUUAGUCACAAAAGAAAGUUACUCAAUGAUGAACUUACAGAGACUCUAAGUGCACAGUUAGAAUUGGAUAAAGCAGCACAAGAUUUUCGUAAAAUUCAUGAUGAAAGACAAGAACUCAUUAAACAGUGGGAGAACACAAUAGAACAGAUGCAGAAGAGAGAUCGGGACAUAGAUCAGUGUGCCUUGGAAUUGUCAAAUAUAAAGCAGGAAUUAAGAGAAAAAGAAAUUUUGGUUAAAGAGAAGAUCAAAUUUCUGGAAAACGAGAUUGGGAAUAACACAGAGUUUGAGAGAAAAAUUGCUGCUGCGGAUCGUAAAGUUUCAAAAUGUAGAAUGGAAUAUCAGAGUCAUGAAAAUAGUCGAGUUCAGCUGAAGGAUGAGCUGGAUUGUUUAAAAGCCACUGUGAAUAGAAGUUCCAGUGAUUUGGAAGCUCUGAGGAGAAACAUUUCCAGAAUUAAGCAUGCCACUGAAGAAGAAGAAGCAAAGUUACAAAAUAUUAAACGUCAUAAUGAAGUUAUAAAGAAAAAGUUACAUGAGAUAACUGAGAGAACUAUGUCUGUAGAGGAGAAAGCAACCAACUUGGAAGAUAUGGUAAAGCAGGAUGAGAAGAUAGUCAAGGAAGUGCAAAUUCAAUUGAACAUAUUGAAAGAUGUGCUAUAUAAGAAAUCUCAGGAAUUACAGACUGAGAAAAUGAAAGAAAAAGCUACUGUCUCAGAAAUUAAAGGAACACGGUCUGUUCUUAGGAACUUAAAUAAUCAGUUACGUAAACUGGAUUUUGACACCUUGAUGCAGCAAGAAAUUAUGUACAAUCAAGAUUUUUACAUUCAACAACUGGAACGUAGAAUGUCACGGUUAAAGGGAGAAAUAAAUUCUGAAGAAAAACUUGCCCUUGAAACAAAGAUUGUUGAACUCAAAAAAGUGUUGGAGGAGAAAAAAUCCACGUAUGACCUUUUGGAAACCCAGAUCGGGAAGCUUCGUAAUGAUCUUUACUUUAUCAAGAAGUCAAAUGCUAAAAAUUUUGAUGAAAAACAGGCCCUUCUGACCAAAAUAAAUGAACUAAACCUUUUCAAUGACACAUCAGAGAAGGAACUUAAAAAAGUAAAGACUUUGAAACAGGAUUUGAUGAUAGAGGACAAUCUUUUAAAACUUGAAGUUAAACGCACUCGAGAGAUGCUUCACAGUAAGGCAGAGGAAAUUCUUUCGCUGGAAAAAAGAAAACAGCAGUUAAGAACAGCUAUGGAAGAACGACUCGAAGAAAUUAAGGUUCACAAAGCAAUGCUGUUAUCGCAAAUACGAUUAGUUGAUCAAGAGCGGCAAAACAUAAGUUCUGAAUUUCACGACCGACUAAGUAAAAUUGAUAAGCUGAAGAACAGAUAUGAAAUUAUUACUGUUGUUAUGUUGCCUCCUGAAGGAGAAGAGGAGAAAACCCAGGCCUAUUAUGUAAUAAAGGCUGCUCAAGAAAAAGAAGAGCUCCAAAGGGAAGGUGACAAUUUGGAUGCUAAGAUAAACAAAGCUGAAAAAGAAAUCAGAGCUCUAGAAAACACCUUGCAAGUGCUGAACAGCUGCAACUAUAACUACAAAAAAUCUUUUGCAAAAGUGACUCCAGCUAGUGAGGAGUAUGAAGUAAAAAUCCAACUAGAAGAACAAAAAAGAGCUGCUGAUGAGAAGUACAGAUAUCAGCAAAGACAAAUCAGAGAACACCAGGAAGAUAUCCAGAGCAUGGAAAACACUCUAGAUGUUUUAGAACAUUUAACAGGAAAAGCCAAAGCAACAUUAACAGAAAAGCAGGAUUCUUCAUUUCAACUAAAUAAAGAAACUGAGGAGCAGAAGCCAAAGUUAGAGAGAGCAGCUAAACAGUGUGCAAAACUCAUCAAGGAAAUCCGUAUUAUGAAAGAUACAAAAGAUGAAACACUGGAAGAACAAGACAUCCAGCUCCGUGAAUUAAAAGAGUUCCACAGGAACAUUGAUGACAUGUUAAUUGAUGUCACCGAAAAUGCUGAGAUCCGUGCUAUCCUUCAAACCCUCUUUCAACAGAAUGACUUAGAACUACCUGUUAGCUCUAAACGUAACCGAACAAGUUCUACAUCUCCCUCACAGACCUCCCUGUUAUCAGGAAGAUCAUCUAGGAGCCCAAACACUGCUAAUUCUCAGGUGUCGGUGAAGACGUUAGAGCUGAACUUCCCAGCCUCCCAUUCCCAGUCAAGUGGCUCUAGGUCCGCCAGUGCCCUCAGUACCUCCAGUUCCGUGAAAGGCAAAAGGAAGAGCAAAUAG